CCCAGAAGGAACGUGCAGAGCACUGGCCAUUAUGUGUUCUCUGAGCCUUUCCCUUGUGUUCAUUUGUGUGUGGAGUAUUUGGACUUCUGCAUAUGCUGCAGGCUGUGGAGAGAAUCAGCGAAAAGUGAAUGGUCGAUGCUGUGACCUGUGCCCCCCAGGGGAAUAUGUGAAGGAGCACUGCUCAGAUACCCAGCAGACUGUCUGCAGCCCCUGUGCAGAGGGCUACUACUCAGAUCAAUAUCACAUCUUUGGCACAUGUGAGGAGUGUCAGUCAUGCCAAGAAAAUGCUCAGAAAUGUACACCAACCACAAAUGCAAAAUGUUUCUGCCGCCCGGGCUUCCUGUGCUCCAACAGCGUCUGCUCAACAUGUGAGGAAAACAAAUGCGUCAUGGGGGAGAAAGUGAACAGGACAGACAAACCAAUGGGUACACGGUUGAUAGAGUAUUCAUAUCGGUGUGAGCCUUCGUGCUCUCAUACUGAAUAUUUUGAUGUGAAGGAGAAGAUCUGCAAGCCCCGGGCAAAGUGCAGUUUGUUUGGACUUUCUGAGCGUUCUCCAGGGAACAUAACCCAUAACUCAGUUUGUGAUGGAGGUGUUUUGCCAGAGAGGCCUGGAUUUGGUGGAGACAUCAUUCAUGUGAUCCUUGGCAUUGGUUUUGUUUUGAUUUCUCUCACACUACUUGGGAUUCUGUCUUAUGCCAGUAUAAAGAAGCUGAGAAAGCACAAACCAGAUGAGAAACCUGUCUCCACCACUGUCAGUGACUUCCACCUGUCAAAGGAGGAGAGCGGGCUCCAGCUCAUCAUCCAGGUUGAAUCCAAAAAUGAAGACAGUUGGUGCGACUCUUUUGUGGAAACAGUCACUCCUUUUUGAUGAUGAUACGAGGGGUCUUUAUAACCUCAAGCAGAGCAGAAAAAUAAUAUUGAUUCAAGAAAUGACUGUAUACAAGCAUCUUAAAUCAUGAAACACAGAUUUAAACACAGAGAAACCUCUUCAUGUAAAAUGCUAGCUCCUAGGUCCACUGGACAGAACUAGGCUAUCAUAUGCAGUAAUAUCUUCAUUAUAGCCACUGGUGAAGUACCUUUGAGCAAGGCAUUUAACCCCAGUCUGUUCCAGCAAAGGGGUCGCAAGAUUAUGUCUAGGUUUGAAUGUGAGUACCUCUAAGUGUAAGUGAAAUAAUAGUAGGCUAAUUAGUCAAGGAUGCUUUAGUGUCGACUGUACACUUCAAGUACACGUCAAGCAUCCUUCUUCCCCCGUGAAGGGAAAAAAAAGAAAAUCAUGAACAUCGAGUCAAACAUACCUUGAUAAUAAAAAUAAAAGGUUUUAAAGAUGAGAGGUGAAAUGUCUACCUCAACCAAGUCCUGGUGCUUUUUGGAUUGAACUUUUAAUGACUA